AUGGACGAGGACCGGCAAAAGAAAUGGGAGAUGGCAUUCGCAGCCCGGAUGAGGCAAAUUGUCCCGGGUCUCUUCCUUGGAAACGUCGAGGCAUCAUACAACAGAGAUAUGCUUCGACAGAAUCACAUCGAUGCUAUACUAUCAUUGACUGAUGCUCGGUGGGUUCAAUGUGUGGAUUCAUCGACGCAGGACCUUCUCGCUCAUAUGGACAGUAUCUGCGACUUCAUUGACCAAAUGGCAUCUCCAGCCCUCCAGACAUCACGAUCUUUGAACACUCAACAAAACCAUGAGUCAAAUGAUAGGCCUUCCGAUCCGGAGGCGAUCUUGAUCCAUUGUGACCUGGGGAUUUCACGUUCUCCGACAAUCAUCAUCGCCUACCUUAUGUGCAAGUACCGCAUGACACAAGAGGAAGCCAUGACUGUUGUUCAAUCGAAACAGAAAGUCAAGCCGAGUGCCAGUUUUCUCCGGCAACUCCAAAUCUGGGAGGUAUUGGAAUAUCAGGUGUGGGAAGACAAAAAUAAAACGGUUCCGAAAGCGCAGUAUCAGGCAUUUUUGAAUGACCGGGCAGCUCGUCUGAAAAAGAAGGGUCUUACUGGGAAUGAGCCUCCCGCACCCCUCAAUCUUUAGCGCUACAGCAAAGAGAC